AUUAUGAUAAGUUAAUCUGAACUUUAGAAUGAAAUUAAGUAAUUCAUAAAAGAUUCAAAUUGGAAUGCUGUUGUCUAAGAAUAAAUCAGUUAAUUUGAAGCUUUUUUACCAACUAAUCCUUGGCUAUUCGUAUAUGAACAACCCUCUAAUUUAGCACAUUAUUUAUAUUUUCUAACAACAAAUAAUCAAACAAAACAAUAAUUGUAAUCUAUGCUCUAUCAACUCUUGGUAGAAUAGUAUCAAUUAACAAAAGUCAAAAGAUCUUAUUUGAUAACUAGUUUUACUUUACUUUUUAUUCCACAUAAUUUAGCAUUAUUAUAAAAGUACAUAGUUGACAAUUAUGAUGAAAUGCUAACAAUAGACAAAGCUGUUUAAAUCAUUAUUUGGUCUUUAAGGUUGAGAGAGUUACAUGAAUUAGCAGAGUAAAUGAAAAAAGUUAGUCCUAUUACAAUGAAUAUACUCUAAUAAUUUGAAACACAAUUAAACAAUUCAAAUGAGCAAUAUAGUUUUGAUUUAUUAAUUUAACUGUUAAAAAAAUGAUUGAAUAAUAUAAGGUUCAUGAAUAAAUUGGUUAAGGAGAGUUUGGAAAAGUCUAUAGAGCAACCAAUCUUCUUACUUAAACAGUAGUUGCUAUUAAAAGUGUGGAUGUGGCCAAAUUUAAUGAAACACCAAAAUUACUUGAAUU